CAUCUUAAAGACACACACGCUCCCGCUCCAAAACAACAGCAGCACGCCGCCGAUGAUGAUGAUGAUGAUGGUGAUGAUGAUGAUGAUGGUGAUGGUGGGACGGGCUCGGCAGAGAGCGGCCUGAUUCGCUGCUGUCUCCGGACACCGACACCCCGCCCGCUCGCCCGCCGCGCGCAGUUCAUGUCACGGCCGCUGUCACCGAGGGGGCGAAGCGAGCGGUCGGUGCUCGAUUGGUUCGGUCUGGAGGGAGCAGCGAUGGCAGAGAGCGAGGGUAAUGUCACGAUCCCCGAGUUCAGCUGCCUCCUCCAAAUGGAUCCGCAGCUCAAGGUGUACGAGAAGGACUUCAGGAGGAGGUAUGAGCUGCUACAGAAGAAGCUCUUUCAGCUGGAAGAGGCAGAGGGAGGCUUUGACCAGUUCACGCGCAGUUACAAGACCUUUGGUGUGCACCGGCAGCCUGACAACAGCCUGGUCUUUAAAGAGUGGGCUCCGGCUGCAGAGGCCCUCUUCCUCACUGGUGACUUCAAUGGCUGGGACAAAUUCUCCCACCGCUACACCAAGAAAGAGUUUGGAAAGUGGGAACUGAUUCUACCGCCUAAACAUGACAAGUCUCCAGCUGUGGAUCAUAACACCAAACUCAAGGUGGUCGUUCACACAAAGGAGGGCGAGCGACUGUACCGGAUCUCACCGUGGGCAAAAUAUGUGACCAGGGAGGAGAAAUCUGUCAUCUACGACUGGGUUCACUGGGACCCCCCUCACCCUUACAUUCAAAUUCACCCUCGGCCAAAGAAGCCAACAAGCCUGAGAACAUACGAGGCUCAUGUGGGCAUCGCUUCACCUGAGGCAAAGGUAGCCUCAUACACCAACUUCAAAACCAAUGUGCUUCCUCGUAUAAAAGACCUGGGUUACAACUGUAUUCAGCUGAUGGCCAUCAUGGAGCACGCUUACUAUGCAAGCUUUGGAUAUCAGAUAACAAGCUUCUUUGCUGCCUCCAGUCGGUAUGGUACCCCAGACGAGCUGAAGCAGCUGAUCGAUGUGGCUCAUUCGAUGGGCAUCGUGGUGCUGCUCGACGUCGUUCACAGCCACGCCUCCAUGAACACAGAGGACGGCCUGAACCAGUUCGAUGGCUCUGACUCGUGUUUCUUCCACUCUCCGCCCAGAGGGGAGCACAGCCUCUGGGGCAGCCGCCUCUUCAACUAUUCCAGCUGGGAAGUGAUGCGGUUCUUGUUGUCAAACCUGCGCUGGUGGAUGGAGGAGUAUCGCUUCGAUGGCUUCAGAUUUGAUGGUGUUACUUCCAUGCUGUACCAUCACCACGGCAUAGGCUCAGGCUUCUCGGGGGACUACAGCGAGUACUUUGGCCUUCAGGUGGAUGAAGACUCCUUGGUUUACCUGAUGCUUGCCAAUCACAUUCUCCAUACCCUUUAUCCUGAUUGCAUCACUGUUGCAGAGGAUGUGUCAGGGAUGCCCGCUCUCUGCAGAGGAGUGGAGGAGGGAGGGCUUGGUUUUGAUUACCGACUGGCAAUGGCCAUUCCUGACAAGUGGAUUCAGAUCCUGAAGGAGUUAAAGGAUGAGGACUGGAGCAUUGGCGAUAUUGUCUACACACUGACCAACAGGCGUUACGGGGAGAAAUGCAUAGCCUAUGCAGAAAGUCAUGAUCAGGCUCUGGUUGGGGACAAGACUCUGGCCUUCUGGCUGAUGGACAAGGAGAUGUACACCAACAUGAGCACCAUGACUCCCAUGACGGCCGUCGUCGACCGCGGCAUGCAGCUGCACAAGAUGAUUCGCCUCCUCACUCAUAGUCUGGGUGGAGAAGGCUACCUCAACUUCAUAGGGAAUGAGUUUGGCCAUCCUGAGUGGCUGGAUUUCCCCAGAGAGGGGAACAAUCAGAGUUACCACUAUGCCCGGCGGCAGUUUAACCUGGUGGAUACGGAUAACCUCCGCUACUGUCAGCUCUACGCCUUUGACCGGGACAUGAACCGUACUGAAGACAAGUACGGCUGGCUGGCAGCCCCACCUGCCUUUGUCAGUGCCAAGCAUGAAGAGGACAAGGUCAUAGUGUUUGACAGGGCACAUGUGCUGUUUAUCUUCAACUUCCACCCCAGUAAGAGCUUCCAGGACUACAGGGUGGCGGUAGAAGUUCCAGGAAAAUACAAAAUCAAGCUGGAUUCGGACGAGGCUCUUUACGGAGGUCACGGACGGCUGGACCACAACACCGAGUUCUUCAGUGAGGCCCAGCCCUUCAACGGUCGCUCCAACUCCAUGCAGGUCUACAUCCCCUGCAGAACAGCCAUUGUCCUGGCCAACGAGGAGAUAGAUUACUGUUAUUAGAGGAUGAUUGUCUCCACGGAGAUGAGGAUCGAGCAUGGAUUCCAACCCCAACUGAGUGUUAACAAUCACCUUCAUCUCAAAGUGUCAACCUUGCGCACCACCCAACUCUUUUUGUGUGUUUGAGUCUUUCUCUAAAUGGAGGUAAAAAAAGGCAUUGUGAGCUUUCAAGCGCCAUCUGCAACAUUAGAUGCUGUGUAACCCCAUUUGCUCCAGAUUGGCCCAUUUGGGGAGCGUCCAACAUAACCAGCGGCUAGAUGCUAAAACUCGCAACCCUGCCGAGUCCAUCCACCACUAGCUAGCAGCCAUUUAUAGGCUCUGUUGAAUUCGGUGUGGCGUCUGAAGCACUUGACCAGCAACUGUGGCACAGGGGAGGAAACGGAGCAUCUUCAAACUUGCUAAAAGCUCAGAGAGAAAAAAAAGAGUGUUAUGAUGAUGCAUUUGACUUGAUUUAAUAAUUUUUUUUAUUUAAAAUGCAAAUUAUAGUAUAGUGUCAAAGACACUGGGGGAUUUAUAGUAUCACCAGCACUUGAAGAUCAAAACGUCCGCAUAUUUAAUCACUGAGUGAGUUGUCAAGUUGCACUGUGAGACAUAUCAUGGUAUUGUAAUUUGCACAAAAUAAGAAGAUGCUUUGAUUUAUCACACUUUUAGUGGAUAUCAAAAAAUGUUGUAAUGUUCAAAUUUAUGCUGCUACUAGGAGCAUUUGUGUGGUUAUUUAUGGCCAGUUAUUAAUUCAGUAAUUUUCAGCUGAAGCAAAGUGAUAUACAUCCUAGUUUGGAUUGUUCAUAGUGUGUUGUAUAGUACACUAGUACUGGAUUUGGAUUUUUAGCUGAAUGACUCACUGUUUCCUCUUUGCAUUAAGGAGUGCCUAGUUCCCCCUGUUGUAGAUCACAUGAACUCAUGCAAGUUGUGAAUUUCAACUCUUCAAACUAAUUCAAAUAAAGUGAUUCUGAUGAUGA